AUGGCGUCUCAUAACCCCCCCACCGCCGACAUUGAAUCUAUUAUUUCCCAGCUUACACUCGACGAGAAGAUAUCGCUCCUUGCAGGAGCUGAUUUCUGGACCACUCAUUCAGUGCCAAGGCUAGGAGUUCCCGCGCUCAAACUGUCGGAUGGCCCAAACGGAGCCAGGGGCGCCAAUUUCAAAGGCUCUAUGACGAGUGCAUGUUUUCCGGCAUCCGUCUCCCUGGCAUCUACCUUCGACAGGGACCUGGCUGAAAAAGUGGGAAAAUCCCUGGCCGAAGAGACAGUUACCAAGGGGGCCCACGUCUUACUUGGACCGACAGUCUGUCCGCACCGGGAUCCUCGAGGGGGACGAAAUUUUGAAUCGUUCUCCGAAGACCCUUACCUUGCCGGAGUGUUAGCAAGUCACUAUAUUAUCGGACUUCAACGGGAAGGCAUUGCCGCUACGAUUAAACACUAUGCAUGCAACGAGCAGGAAACACGUCGAUUCACCAUCAACGCUCAAGUCAGUCAACGAGCUCUGCGGGAGAUAUACCUGAAACCGUUCGAAAUCGCAGUCAAGAUGUCGGACCCCUGGGCCUUGAUGACGAGUUUCAAUCGAGUCAAUGGAGAGCACGCUGACUCCAGCAAAAGCCUGUUUGAUAUUCUGCGGCAAUGGGGCUUCAAAGGCCUGACAAUGAGUGAUUGGGGAGGUGUCAAUUCCGUUGUGGGAGCGUUGAACGCGGGCCUCGACCUCGAAAUGCCGGGUCCGCCCACCCAAUAUACCGCACAAAAGGUCUUAGAUGCUAUUGAGAGCGGCUUUGUUCUUGAAGAGACCUUAGACCGACGGGUAAAGGCACUUUUACAGCUCUUAGAAAAGACCGGAAAGUUUGCCAACCCAGGCAUUCCUGAGGAGGUUGCAGUCGAUCUGCCAGAGCAUCGGCAGAUUAUCCGACAGGCAGGUGCCAAUGGCAUCGUCCUCCUCAAGAACGACAAUAGUAUCCUUCCAAUAGAGAAGAGCGGACUUCAGUCGGUGGGGCUUCUGGGGUUGGCCAAACACUACCUUGGACACGGUGGUGGUUCGGCGCAUGUCAACAGCCAUCGAAAGAUCACCCCAUACGACGCGCUCGAGGAAGCCCUGGGCAGUUCGGUUCAGCUCAGGUAUGCUGAAGGUGCGAAAAUGAACCGCAAUCUUCCCUCGUUCUCGGAAAACGUGGUCAAUGAGGACGGUCAUCCCGGCUUCAACUUGCAGGUGUGGAGAUUGUCCGAUGUGGAUGGGAAUGGUACCACAUCAACUGUUGCGAAAUCCGAGUUUCAGUCCAAUGAUUGCACCGACACGACUGCUGCCAUUAUGGUGGGGACGUUUACACCAACCCGCACGGGGAAUCACUACCUCGGCUUCUCUACCGUUGGCAACACUAGCGUUUUCAUUAACGGCGAACCUGUUUUCGAGUAUGAGGGGAACUGCCCCGAUGUCAUGGCGUUCCUUUUGGGUACAGCCGCCGAGGAAAAGAAACAAUACCAGUUCAUGGCCGGGAAGGAGUACAAAAUUCGCGUUGAAGCCAAAUCGGCGCAGGAUACCACCAGCGGGCUCGUGACCUACGCUUCCAAUAUUGUUGGCUUCAAUGUUGGCUUUAUGUAUGAAGACGAGCACGACGCCGAUCUUCUUUCCGAAGCAGUCGCAGUGGCUCGGUCAUCAGACAUCGCUAUUGUUUUUGUUGGGAAUACCCCAGAGUGGGAGACCGAAGGAGCUGACCGAGAAUCCAUGAAUUUACCUCGUGAUGGAUCGCUUGACAAACUUAUCCAAGCCACCGCCAGGGUUAAUCCCAAGACAAUUGUCGUGAAUUUUACAGGAACUCCAAUCACCAUGCCAUGGCUUGCGGACGUAUCAGCCGUUCUUCAAGCCUGGUUUCCUGGACAGGAAGCCGGUCAUGCCGUUGCUGAUAUCCUUUUGGGUACGGUCAAUCCAGGCGGCAAGCUUCCUGUGACAUUCCCCAAAUCCAUCACAGACAGCCCAAGCUAUGACAACUUCCCCGGUAACCUUGACACCUUGACAGUUUCGUACGAAGAGGGCGUCUUCAUUGGUUAUCGUCACUUCGAUCGUCAGCCUGAAGCCGUACAGUUCCCCUUCGGCUUUGGCUUAUCGUACACCACGUUCGAGAUAUCAAAUGCGACUAUAUCCACCCAGCACAUAGACCGACAGAAUGACUUAGUCGUAACCGUGAAUGUCAAGAACACGGGCCCUUUAGCGGGCACUGAGGUUGUUCAGGUGUAUGUUGGCCCCAAAGAAGUCUCAUCGCCCGUCAGUCGACCAAAAAGAGAGUUGGCGGGGUUUGCGAAGCUCAGUCUCCGGCCCGGGGAAAGCAAGCCAGUUUCAAGCUCCAUCAGCAAGGACAGUGUGGCAUACUGGGACGAAACAAUCGAUGCGUGGUCCGUCGAUGCGGGGAUAUACGGGAUCUAUAUCGGGAACUCCAGUGUGGACCUGCCCUGUCGACUGGAAUUUGUGGUGGAAGAUUCCUUUUCUUAUAGGCCUUGA